AUGCAAAGAAUGGUUGUACAAAGUGAAGGUGAGAAACACCUUCAAGCCUAUUUGGAAUAUAGAAUGAUUGUUGGUGAUCGGGAUGGAGGAGUUUUAUUACCUGAGGCUGAAUAUGAAAAAUUGAGGAAAGAAUUUUAUGCAAAACGAGAAGAGCACAACUUGCAUUUUGUUGAUACAAGCAAGAUGAUUUCAGGUGGAAAAAACAAACGUCUGCAAUCUGGAUCGGAAGAGAUGAAAUAUGAACAGAGAAAGCAAAAAGGAUCAAAAACAAAAGUGUAUUCAUCCAUAUCUCCCUUAGAAUUGUAUAACAAAGAGCCUGAUUUUUCAUUAUCUCAAUUUAGGACAAUUCCUGAGGAGCCUGUAAAAUCAAGAGUUUACUCUUCCAGAAUGCUACCAUUGAAAAAACCUUCCUCUAACACCAUUUCAUCAACAACUUCCACAACUAACAGUAGACCAUCAUUAUCAAAACCAUCAUCAUCAUCCACAACGAAUAGAAAACCAUCAUCUACACCAAUAGAUAGGAAGCCACUUCCAUCAGUAUCUCGAUUUACUGAAGUAAAAAAAGAAGUGAGAACUACCUCAAUUAGAAAAUAA